GCGGCCCCAGCGGCGGCGCGGCCCCGCCCCCGGCGCCAUGUCGGCGCCGCCGUCCCUGCAGAUCCGCGAGGCCAACGCGCACCUGGCGGCGCUGCACGCGCGCGUGGCGGAGCUGGAGCGGCGCCUGGGCGCCGCCGAGGCCACGGUGCGCGGCCAGGCCGAGAGCCUCAGCCGCAAGGACGGCGAGCUGCGCGCCGCGCUGGCGGCGCUGGAGGCCGCCAAGGACCGAGAAAUCGCCGCCCUGCGGGAGAGGCUGCUCGCGUCCGAGGAGACCGUUCAGCGGCUGCUGGCCGCCGCCCGGGAGAAGGACGCGCUCGUCGCGCGGCUGCGGCAGGGGAGCGAGCUGCUGGCCAGGAUCUGCCGGAGCCGCCCGGCCCUGGACGCGCUGCUGGCCUGCAUGGCCGAGGGCGAGCGGCUGGGCGCCGCCGAGCCGGGGCCUCCGCGCGGCGAGGCGGCCGCGGCGGGGCGCGGCGGGGGGGGGGCGCCCUUCGGCACCGCCGUCUGAGGCGGCUUCGCCUCGGAGCAGGAAGCGGCGGAGGGAAAAGGGGGGGAAAACCCCUUUCGUGUCAGAAAUCCUCCCUCGGGGCUGUGCUUCGGCCCUCGGGCACGGAGGAGAGGUGCGAAACAGAACCCGCGCCGUGCGGCCGGCAGAGCUCUGAAGGACGCUCACCUGGGAAAUCUUAAAAUAUAGAGAGCCCGUAAUUAUUUUUCUACUAAUCCUCGGCGCUCAGAGCGUAUUUAAAACGCGCAAUUCCUCCGCGCUCUCCUUGUCGUUCGCGGUGGUUCUGGUGCUGCAGCACGAGGCUCCUCUGCCCGACGCCCUCGCGCAGCCUGUCCGUGUGCUGCGGCCUGCUCGUGUCGUCGGUGUUUUUCUAAAUUCAUCUUUAAGCAAAACAGGAUUCUGAAAGCCUGACUGAUGAUCCUUGUAUGUACAGUCUUACGGAGCUGCUGAAGUAUUAUUUAUGGCAAAUAUCACUUCUUAUGUGGAAAUAUCUCUUCUUAUGUGGAACGUUUGUUGUUUUUAAUUCCACAGUCGGAAAUGAACUACAGGAAUAGAUAGUUAUGCUUUAAAUACAGAAGCAAACUCAUUCCGAGCAACCGUUUUGAACAAAUCCAAUAUAUUUAUACAAAAAGAAAGGUUUCCUGUAUUUUCAUAGUUCCAAAACCCUCCUUUGUAUUUUCUGGCAAAACAGGUUGUUGGCUAAAUGGUGACUCAGGUUGUGUUUGCUUUGGCUCUGUUUUCCUUGUUGCUUACAAGUUAGCAGUUUUUAACUGCCUAUUAAUCAUACGCAUGUGCCUUGUCAGUGGUCGGGAACAGAUGCUCAUACAUCCCGGUGAAAAUUCUUGUCGUGUCUUAUGUGAAAUGACCUCAGUACAAACUCUGGGAAAACGGCUCAAACAGGUGUCUGUGAGCAUAAAAGACUUUUGUUUUACAGGUCCAAAACAGAUGUGCAAUUUCUUGCGAGUGUACAUUUUACCUAGGGUGAUGUUCAUUUUUAUACUGAUGGAAAAGUAAAUGCACUAAAGAUAUACUAUAUUUUCUAUCUGAAUGUUUUUAAGAAUUGUGUAUCUCCUUGCACAGUUAAAGCUUUUUAGAUGGUACAUCGCAUUCAGAGGAGAGAAAUUUUCCUCUUUCCCCAAGUGUUUGUUGCUGGGGGUAGGCUAGAGGAACCGGAGCUAGAAUCUAGGCCAGAACUAGACUGACCCUUUUAAUCUCUGUGCACCUUCUUCAAACCCUGAAUCAAGGCAUUUAGGCAUUGCCCUUUUUUCCCUGGUCAGGAUGCAGCACAAAAUGAUUAAUGUGUGUGUAAUGGCAAGACGGAAACCGAUAUAAAUUAAGCAGGAACGAUAUGUUAGUCUUUCAUCUACUGUGUAUUUCAUGUUGUUCCAUUCCAGAAAAAUAGAGGGUAUGGUCAGUCUGUUGCAAAAAUUAAUCCGGUAUUUUAUUACACUGUACUCCUAAAGGAAACGCAUCUUUUAACUACUGAAUUUACUGAGGAAUGGCUGUUUUUUUGCUGGGGGCAGUGGAAGUAUGCAAGGGGGAAAAGCCAUCAACGUAGUCCAUCCAAAGCUGUGACACUAGACAACCAAAAAGUCGGACAGGUUUGAAUAACAGAUGAUGAAACUCGGGCAGCUCUACAAAUGUUUUUAUUUGACUAUUGCUGUGUGUCUGCUUCCUGGCCCUCUGGUCAAAGUGCUUUCUAAGAUUAGCAUGGAGUUUUAAAAUCAGCUGAGAAAGAUGAUAAAAGCACCCUAGCUCAUCUUCUCUCUUCCUUCGUUCACCAGCAGUGGGCUGAGGCACUGGUUCCGUUCCUAAGGCUUCUUCCUCAUAGCUGGCAUACUAAAUUUCACUGUACCAUUCUUUUCUCAUAUGGAGAUACGGACAGUUUUAGGCCAGACUUGGUUGUGGUUUCAGUACUGGUUUGACUUGUUUCACUCCCCAGUCCUGAUUUCUGAAGAUCCAGCUUGAAUGUAUGUUUAGUCCUGGGUCAUCUUUUAGUGUGAAACUAACUAGUUUUAUCCAAGAGGAAACAUGGGCACAGUUGAGAGAUAUAUAUGUGUGUGUAUAUAUAUAUUUUUAAUCUAAUGUCUGCUCUGUAUUAACACAUUGUUAUUUUGACUUGAAACGCCACUAAGACAGCAACCGCUGGCGUUGCAAAACCCAGGCACGCAGUAAUGGGUGCUGGGGGCUUGGUUGAAGCCCUGGGUGCCAGUUUGGUUGUGGAGUCCACAGACAGUCUAGCCUUUUUAUAAGCUAAAUCUUGAGGGGCAACUUGCAAAGCACUCUUAACAGGAAAGUGUUUGACUGCUCUUGCUUGUGCGACUUUGUCUACUAAUCUUUUCUAUUCUGCUGAAUUCAUUGCAUGGCCUUCAUACGCAAACUUCUCUAAAGUGAAUGUGUUCCUAGGUGUAGCCCUCUUGCCUGAAGUUCCUCACAGUGGGCCAAACAGCGGGAAGAGCUGUUCAGUCAGCUCAGGAUUUGCGGCAGCUUCCCCUCUCUCCGUUGUGGAGAGGUUUGUUGUUGUACUGUCUGCAUGUUGCUAUCCUAACCCAAAAGCUAGUGUCAAAAGCUGCAUCGUUACAUUACAAUGAUGCAAAGGGAGCCAGCAAGCCUCCCUUUAACGUUUCCCACCUACAGGGACAGCUCGACCAUAAACCAAAAGAAUGUACAUUUGUGAUAGCACUGAUCCUUUAACUGUUCAAUGCUGGGAUUCUUGUGCAAGGGCUGCAGUUAAAUUAAAUGGAACUUUGAUUAUUGCUUGUGAAUUUUCAUGGACUUUAUUUUAUUUCUCUGGCUGUCUCUGUACAUUGUUAUACUUGCAUCUUUACUUAAAUUUUCCUCAUAAAAUAAAGAGAUUUUGACACAUAUAAA